CAAGUGACACUGCACGUACUGACAGUCAAGGAAAAAAAGAAGGCGGGGCACUGUGGAAUGACGCAGAAGGUCGUGUUGAAAACAACAGAUCAUAGCUAAUAAAAUGGUAAAAUAAAAGAAACAAGGAAUUACGUUGUAUUAACUACCAUCAAUUUUAAGGGACUUAGGCUUUGUGACUGAGGGGACGAUGGGUAAUACUAAUACUGGCAUGGGCACGGGACACAGGAGGGACAGCCGCGCCAAGGAGGGCGACAGGCCUAAAAUCCUCAUGGACAGUCCAGAGGAUGCAGAUAUGUUUCAUGGAGAGGACAUCAAGGUCGGUUUUAAUGGUGCUCCGUUAGAGAAAGAGGAGUACCUUGCAUGGCGGCAGGACCUGGAAGCUGAUAAAGGGCCUCUGGACCGCCCCACUGUGUUCCGUUGGACCGGAAAUGGGAAGGAGGUCUUUCUGUCGGGAUCUUUCAACAACUGGGCCAACAAGAUUCCCUUAACCAGGAGCCAGAACAACUUUGUGGCAAUUGUUGAUCUCCCUGAAGGGGAGCAUCAGUAUAAGUUCUAUGUAGACGGAACGUGGACCCACGACCCCAACGAGCCUGUUGUUACCAACCAGUUAGGAACAGUCAACAACAUCAUCCAAGUGAAGAAGACUGACUUUGAGGUGUUUGAUGCACUUAUGGUGGACUCCCUGAAAUGCUCUGAUAUAUCAGGUCAGCAUCCAGACAUGUCCAGCUCCCCCCCUGGACCAUAUCAUCAGGAACCUUACAUACACAAGCAAGAAGAAAAGUUCAAGUCUCCGCCCAUUCUCCCACCUCACUUGCUACAGGUCAUCUUAAACAAGGACACAGGAAUCUCUUGUGACCCUGCAUUGCUCCCAGAACCCAACCAUGUCAUGCUCAAUCACCUCUAUGCCUUGUCCAUCAAGGAUGGUGUGAUGGUGCUUAGUGCGACUCAUCGCUACAAGAAGAAGUAUGUCACCACCCUGUUGUAUAAGCCAAUCUAAUCAUAGGCCUAUGACUUCUCAGGCUUUCUCAGCAGACACCAUGGCUUCUCACACAGCACAGCCUUCAGUGUUACACUUUGAAAUAACUCAGUUUAGAAUGAUUUCUAUCGCCCUAAUCAUCCCCAAUCUGCCUUUCCUCUUGUUCAAUGAGUGUUGGCCAUUUUAUGUUCAUCAGCUUUGCUUUGUUAUAGAUGUAGAGGAGCACUAGUAAGCCGACACUUCUGAAGAAUCUAGUUUUGGCAGGGUGAUAGAGAAUCCUGACUGAUAAUACUGAAGGGUUGUGUUGUGGACCUGUAAGAGAUACUCAUCCUGUCCUUGAUGUCAGGAGGUCCUUUUGUGAGACAGGAAAGGGAAAUACUAAGACAGGAAGUAGUAAAUAAGAUUCAGCAUAAUAGAAGAGCAUUAGCAGAUCUAAGUUGGGUCCCUCUCGUAUGACCUCCAGUGGGUUUUGAGAAGGACACAAGGAGAGAAGAUCCAAAGAUUAUGAGAUUGAGAUCUUCCCAUACAGGGUUCGAUCUAGGAUGGAAGCUCCAGUGUUGCUAUACACUUGUGAUAAUCGUAGUUUUUUCCAGGGAAGUUUUUUCCCACCUUUCAUUGUGCUUUGCUCUUCAGCCUUUAUUACUUGCCAUUUGACUGGUAUGCUUGGAAUUUGUACUUUAUCAGUGUACUUUACCAGCUAAAUCAGUUUGCAUCAGUGCACAUUUUUAAAUCAUAUUAAGUAGGUGAACAGGAAUGUAUUUUAUUAGAAAGUACUUGAUAAUGUGUAUAUGUAUUUUAGUUUGCCUAAUUCAAUCAAUCAGAUUUACUUUAGACUACAUAUCUGCAUACUGGUGCAUUUGGCUAUGUUGGAGGUGAUACUACAUUAGUUGUCACUUGUCAAGUUCUUCACAAAGGUUUUGGCCUCAGGACCCCAAUGCGUUCUCGAAAACAUGAUGCUAUGUUCUGCUAGACAGCACUGCUAAUACAUGGACAUUUAUGUUGAAAAAAAGUGUUUGAUAAAAUGCUUUUUAGGAGAUUGAAAUUGUGUUAAAUUUUAUGUUUCUUGUAAUUUCUACAUGUUAAAACAAAAUUCAUGAUAAUUAAAAAAGUGAAGACUUUUUUGAACUCAUCCUGAGGCAGAGUCUUAGAGAAAGACGUUUUGGUGGGGGAGGAGCAUUCGCAGAAACACUAACUGUUUCCACAAAUGCCAGGGCCUGAAUGAUAUUUAAUUUGAGUGUCAUCUUGAUAUGCUAUAGAACUAAGAUGUUUCAUUCUGAAUGUAUAACGUGAUUGGGGUGUAUGGCUUCUGCUUACACACCUGACACCUCUAAUGCCGUUGCAGCUCUGACACCGCCAAAACACCAGCUGUGCAAAUGUCAGCUAUUACCUGUGAACACUAGAUCUGAUUGAAUCCUGUCCUGUAUAUGGUCAAAACAACUCCCCUACAUGUGAAUCCAAGGGACCAACUCAUAGGUGCAAUGGACUGGUAAAGUUGGACAGAUUAAGGAGGACUGCUCCUUUGACAUCCUUCUUUAUGUAAUCCUCUUGGACCAUGAUGUGGUGUACAUUCAUUUCUUUGUGCCAGUUUUCUAUCCCAAUAAAGAACAUUGGUUUUAUAGUA